AUGGCCCCCAUCGUGUGCGGCGCGUGUGUGCGCAUGUUGUGUGUGAGUCUGCCUGUGUAUGUGUGUCCACAUGUCCACACGUGUGUGUGUGAAAUGUUCACAUGUGCGCAGGGUCUUGGGCAUUUCAUCCUCCAUGGCGGCGUCGCCGCUGUCCCCGGCUGUCCCGCCCGGCGGGGCGGCCCCGUGAGCCCUGGAUAGCUCGAGCGACGCCGGCUCCUCGCAAGAUGGCGGUGAGGGGCCGGGAGGGGCGGGCAAAUUAAAGUAAUGGAGUUAAACUGAAGUAAUUAAAUGUAAAUAAAGUAAAAGAAAGGACUUUGGAAUUCAGGACAAAAGAUCGGAUUUCGUAAUUCAGGAUAACAUAAUUUAGAGGGAUACAAAAGGUCCGUGCGCCUCCGGGAAUCGAACCCGGGUCUCACUCCCGGCCCGCCCAUCGCCCUCUGCCCUUCCCCGCCGCCAUGGCGGGCCUCCGGCGCCUCCUGACGCUCCUGCUGCUGCUGCUGCUGGCGGCGCUCUGCCCGCCCGCCCUCAGCCUCCGCCAUGGGCCCUCCAAGAUCGCCGUGGUGGGCGGUGGGAUCGGCGGCUCGGCCGCCGCGUAUUUCCUGCGGCAGAAGUUCGGCCGCAGCGUGCAGCUGCACGUGCUGGAGAAGGCAGCGCUGGGCGGCCGGCUGGACACGCUGGACGUGGAGGGGGCCAGCUACGAGGCAGGGGGGUCCGUGAUCCACCCCCUCAACCUGCACAUGAAGCAUUUUGUCCAGGAGCUGGGCCUUUUAGCCAACACACUCCAGGGCAGUCCUUCAGGCGUUUACAACGGGGAGGAAUUUGUGUUUGAGGAGAGCAGCUGGUCCUUCAUCAACCGCCCCAAGCUGCUGUGGCACUAUGGCCUCAACCCCCUGCGCAUGUCCAUGUGGGUGGAGGACAUCCUGGACAAGUUCAUGAGGAUCUACCGGUACCAGAUGCACGACUACGCCUUCAGCAGCAACGAGCGCCUGCUGCACGCCCUGGGAGGCGACGACUUCACGCGGCUGCUCAACCAGAGCAUCGAGGAGGCCAUGCAGAAAGCAGGGUUCUCCCAGAAAUUCAUCAACCAGGUGGUGUGUCCGGCCAUGAGGUUUGCUUAUGGCCAAGGGGUCACCGUUAAUGGCUUUGUAGGUGCUCUCCUUGCGGGCUGGUUGCAGUCAGGCCUUUGGUCUGUGAAAGGGGGGAACAAACUCGUGUGCUCCGGCCUCAUCUACUCCUCCAAGGCCGAGGUUAUCCCGGGAACUGUCGUGUCCAUAGAGCCAAAAACCAGACACCAGCGUGGCGGGGACCCGGUGAAGCUCUACGAGGUCACCUACAACACGUCCUCGGGCUCACAGGGGGACACCUACGACAUCGUCGUCAUCGCGGCGCCGCGCCGCAAGAUGGCCAACAUCACCUUCCGCAACUUCGACCCUCCCAUCCCGGAAUUCCCAAAUCCCUUCCAGCAGAUCUUCACCACCUUGGUGCACGGGCGCUUGAACACGUCUUUCUUUGGCUACCAGGACCCCCAGGCUUUUCCCUUUGGGGCCAUUUUCACCACAGACAACCCCAAACUGUUCAUCAACAGCCUGACCCUGGAGUCCCCCGUGGGUGACACGGGCACGGGCGGGGAGCUGCCGUUGCCGUCGGCCGUCUGGAAGGUGUUUUCCAACGAGGAGCUCAGCAAGGAGCAGCUCAGUUUGCUCUUCUCCUCCUACGACUCGGUGAAGGUGAAGCCGUGGCUGGCGUAUCCCCAGUACAGCGCUCCCGGGAAGUUUCCUCCCAUCGUCCUGCACGAGCAGCUCUACUACCUGAACGGGCUGGAGCGCGCCGCCAGCGCCAUGGAGAUGAGCGCCAUCGCUGCCCGCAACGCCGCCCUGCUCGCCUUCCACCGCUGGCACGGCCACAGCGCCAGCGUGGACCAGGAGGACCUGCACGAGAGGCUCAAAACGGAGCUCUGACACACCCCCAGGGCUUCAUUAACACGAACGAACUCUGUGCUGCGCCCCUCCAAGGAGGUGUUUCCCUGGAUCACGGGAUCCUUAGGGUUGGAAGAUCUUCAAGAACAUCAUGACCCUCAAGAUCUUCAAGAACAUCAAGACGUUUAAGAUGCCGUAAUUGACUCUAACGAACUCCAUACUUUGCGCCUCCAAGGAGGUGUUUCUUAGGAUCAUAGGGAUCUGCACGGUUGUAAGGUCUUCAAGAUCAUCAUGACCUUCAAGACCAUCAAGAUGCCAUAAUUAACACAAAUGAACUCUGUGCUUUGCUCCUCCAGGGAAGUAUUUCACAGGAUUAGGAAUCCUUAAGGUCGGACGAGUUUCAAGAUCUUCAAGACCAUCAAGAACAUCAAAACCUUCAAGAUCUUCAGGAUCUCCGAGAUCAUCAAAACUUUCAAGGCCAUUAUGAUCUUCAAGACCCUCAAGAACAUCAAGACCUUCAAGAUCAUCAAGCUGUUAGGACCCUCAAGUCCAACCAUCAGCCCAACUGCAUUCACCACUGACGAUCUCCUCAAGUGCUGCGUCCAUGAGCUGUUUGGACACUUCCAAGGGUUGAUGACUCUGCCACAACCUAGGCUGGACAACCCUUCCUUCCAUGACAAAAUUCCUCCCAAUAUCUCAUCUUGACAUCCCCUGAUGCCGCCUGGUAGCUGUUUGGCCAGCUUGGGAGGAUCAGGAGCAGUGAAUCGUUCCCAAGUAAGCCGGGACAUUUUCCUCACACAAACUCCUCAAACUCUGAUUUAUCCCUGUCUGAGAUUAGGGAAUUCACUGAAAGUGCCAUAUUGACCCCAAAAGUGCCCUCCAGCUGGGAAUAUUGACUCCCUGGCUGUCCAUCCCUCUGCCCCCACUUUUCCUGCCAAUGAAUUAUUCCUCAGGGGGAAAAUGGGGGAAUGGGGUGGUGGGAACUGCCAAAAUGGGCGGGAAAGAGAAAAAACCACAAAUAUCCAUCACUGUGUUGAGGUAUGAAGCUAAUAAAGAAUUUAACAACCUGAGCAUUUUUUAAGGAGAAAACCACCAAAAAUAGCACAAAUUUAACAUUCAUGUCAAUAAAUUAAAGUUUUCCUUGAGUUUUCCCAGCGUUGGGAAUGGAAUUAACACCCAGCUGCCAAAAACUGAU